AAAAAAUGUCCUCACAAGCCGAUUGUCGACAAACCAGCACGCUUUCAAGCUCAGAGUCGAACCUGAUCAUAUUAAGGAUAGUUCAACAUAUUUUCAGCUAUUUUUAGUUCGUUGGAACAAUGAAAUACCCAAUGCAAGCUUUCAAGACCGGCAAUGGAUAAUUUUAGGGCCAAAAAAGCAGUGCUUGGUGUUUGGCUACAACUGCUUUAAUUUGACUUGAUGCUUGAGAAUAUGUGUGAACGCAAAAUUCACAUUCCAAUGAUGGCAACCUGCAGUUUUUUUAGCAGAAAUGUAAAUGUUUACUUAAUUUCUUUGACCAAAUUCCAAAAGUUUAUAGAAGCCGAUUUUUGAAAGCUAAAACAAACAUUUCUUGUCAGUCAGUAAAAAGUUGUCACUGACGAAUUUAAUUUUCCGGCAAUGAGAACGGUGCAAAAUUACAAAGAUGAAGUAAAAGCUCAGGCAGAGGAAUUGCUUCGCAAAGGCAUUCCCGAAUCGAUCUUGAAGCUGAAUAAAAUCCUGGACGCUCCGCAGUUUAAGACUCGCGUGAUUGAAGUCAAACAAGACAUAAACAUUCCAAUACCAGAUCCCAUUAUAUUGAACGACUUGCCGCCUGCUAAGAAAACUAAGUUUGACAACUCCAUCUCCAAAGAUGGAACUAGAGUUUUGAUCUUCCCUUCGGGAGCCAUUCCACCCAAUAAACACAUCACCGACUUGAUGGAUAUUAUUAAGCCCCAUAUUCGGAAGCUGGUGGAGGAUGCUAUUGUAAUUAAAAUGUGGAUUUCCUUUAUGGUGCCCAAAAUCGAAGAUGGAAACAAUUUCGGGGUAUCUGUUCAGGAAGACACACUCGGCGAGGUUCAGUCGUGCGAGUCGGAAACCAGUUCAUAUUCUGAGCAAAUUACCAGAUACCUUAUUACGAGAGCUAAGCUAAUAUCAAAAAUAGCCAAAUAUCCACACGUGGAGGACUAUCGCCGAGCAGUUCAAGAGUUGGACGAAAAAGAAUAUUUUUCCAUGUGGCUCACUUUGUCAGAGAUUCGUAAUAGAUAUUGCACUUUGCAUGAUGUUAUAUCGAAAAAUAUAGAGAAAAUUAAAAAGCCACGACCAUCCAAUGCAGGCGAAUCGUUAUAUUAAUUUACUGUAACUACUGCAAAAUAAACAUUUCCGUAUUA